GCCGCCGAAUACUCGCGUCGCGGCCAUUCACCCGCGGUCGUAGCGUCGGGGAGGGACAGAGCUCGCUGUUGGCUGUUCGUCUCGUCGCGUCGCUGUCCCUCCGCUGCUGUUGUCGCUGCUGUUGCUGUUGUUGUCGUCGCCGCUGUCGUUGUUGAUGCCGAGGUCGGGACUCGGGAGGAGAUCGCGGAGCUGAGCCCCCCUCACCCCACACCGGCGGGCGGAGAAGGAGCGACAUGGCGGGGACGGCGACGCCCGAGUGGGGCCCCUUUGACGAGAGCUCGCAGGCUGAGCAGGGUGGCCCUGGCGUGGCUGGGGGUGGCACAGCUGUGAUUGACAUGGAGAACAUGGACGACACAUCAGGCUCGAGCUUUGAGGACGUGGGAGAGCUGACGCAGCGGCUGGCGGACGCGGAAGAGGAAGGAGGCAGUGAAAACAACGACUUCAUGGGGGUCAAGGGUCUCCGGGGGCAAAUUGGGAAGCAAGUUGCCGACCAGGUAUGGAGAGCAGGCAAGCAGCAAGCAACCAAAGCCUUCACUCUGUACGCGAAUAUUGACAUCCUGCGGCCCUAUUUCGACGUGGAACCAAUGCAAGUCAGAAACAGGUUGCUGGAGUCACUGGUUCCUGUUCGAAUUGUAAAGUUUCCUCAGAAAAUUGCAGGAGAGCUGUAUGGGCCACUCAUGCUUGUAUUCACCAUGGUGGCCAUCCUGCUUCAGGGCAUGAAGACCUCCGAUACUAUCAUAAGAGAGGGAACCCUCAUGGGCACGGCCAUUGGCACAUGUUUUGGGUACUGGGGAGGCGUGUCGUCUCUGCUCUACUUCAUGGCCUACGUGUGCAACGCCCAGAUCACAAUGGUGCAAUUGCUGUCUCUGCUGGGCUAUGGUCUGUUUGGCCCCUGCAUCGUGUUGUUCGUGACAUACAAUGUGCACCUGCACUCUCUGUUCUAUCUCCUGUGGAUUAUCAUCGGUGGACUCUCAACUUUGCGACUGGUUUGCGUGCUGGUUUCACGUACUGUGGGCCACACGCAGAGGCUGGUGCUGGGUGGAACCGUCGCUGCGCUGCACAUGCUCUUUUUGCUUUACCUGCACUUUGCCUACCAUCGCAUUUUAGAGGGGCUGAUCGAUUCAUUUGAUGUGGAUCCUCUCCCUGCACGAGUCCCACGGGAAGUGGCGGCCAUCACAUCAAAACUCGUCCUCACCAGCACCGCGCUCUAAACAUCCUGCACACUUGCUUCCAUCCACCACUACCAAUGGGUCACCGCACUCAACCUGUUCCUAACACUCAGCAGUCUCUUAACACAAACUCUAUGCUUCUGAUGUUUACUGUAACCUUGUAUUUGUCAUCAAACUUUGCCUCACGCUCCUUAACUUUAACACAGGUUUGACUUUCCAAUCGUAAUGCAUGGGGGUUGAUUUGGUACGAGAAAAUGCUUUGUGUUUUUGUUCUAAUGAGCUGGCCAAGUCACAACUAAAAUAUAAGUUGCAAAAUAUCAUUGGCAGGGUACAAUACGAACGAUAUUUCAGCCAAAUUAUCUCCAAUUAUGACAGCACGAAUACAAGCUAGGUGACUGCUUUUAAAAUAACAGCAGUUGUGGGUAUUGUAGUACUGUAAUUAUCAUACUAUGAUUGUCAUAUACAUUGUAUUUUUUGUUCUGGAACAAUAUCAUUGUCCGUUUUCUUUAAUCCUAAGUUAAAUGUAUAUAUUUUUUUUCCUUGAAUAAUGUUAAUGUUUCCCACUCAAAUUUGUGGCUGUAAUUCUUUCAUGAAUAUCAAGUUACAAUUUUCUUUUACGAAAACAAAUUAUGGAAGAAGUGCCUGCUUGUGUUUUUUUUUAUUGCAGUGGCUGUUUCCAGCAUAAAGUAUAAAGUUCUUAACUGCAAUUUCCUCUCACUUGCUGUUUUAAACUAAAGGGUUAAGUUUCCCAUCUUGGUGAAAGGAUUUGUUUGCAAUUAAACAUUUUACGUUAUUAUUUUACGUAAACAAAUUUAUAUUCGGCAAACUUUGUUUUGCGGAGAUAGGAUCUAAGUUUAUUUCUUUACAACCAUGGUGAUUUUUCAAGUUUAACUGUUAAAAAUAUAUAUUAUUAAAUGGAUAUAUCCUGGAAGAUAUUGUAUUUUCACAUCAUUGCAUAAAUGUGCAUUCCACUUAACGUGAAUAUGCAAUCGAAGUGGGAAGUAAUAUGAAUAGUAUAGGUUGUAAUUUAAUACGUGAGAAACAUAAAUGUUACGGAAGCUAAGUAGAAAUAGUCAGUGCUAGAAAAGUUGGCCAACUUAGAAAGAGGGAUGAAUACAGUUAUACAGCUUGUAUAAUAGCUUGUUGCAUAUGAUUUAAAUUGUUAAUAUCAGACGAUAACACUGGACAUGAUUCACGUGUUGGGGGAAAAAGAAAAGUCAUCCAAUUUUUGGCGAAAAAGUGCCAAUGUCUCCUUUACCGGCAGUGGCGCGAACUGCCACGUUGAUGUGGAUCUAGCCAUUUUGUCAAGGUGUGCAUCUGGCCCUUUGCGCAUAAGGAACCAUUAGGUCAAAAAAUUAUGAUUGUUGCAUUUUUUAAGAAAUCAGCUUUAUUUUGUCAAUUAUAUAUGGUGUAUAAUUAAAGGAUCUCAAAGGUAUUGGACGAAACCAGGAAUUAUGGUUUCAAUGCUAAUUCUUAAAGACAAGAGGAUGUUAAAAUUUGGAAUGAGCAUUCUCACCAACUAUGACUUUAGCCUUAGCUCUGGUUAAGGGUCAACCAAAGCUCAUCAAUUUACUGACAGGUCCCAGACUAUUCGAUUGGGCUGUGGGAUCUGAAAUACAGCAUGAUGUUGUUUGUGAGAUACUGACCAACAGUGGAUUCUGUUGUGAGAUUCUGGGCAGGAUGUCCCUGUUCAUGCAAACUCAAUUGUGGUAGUCAAUUUGAGAAACUGUAAAUGGACAUUUUCAGUUCAAAACAAAUUAGCAACUUGCAUUCUUUGAAUUCUAAACCCCUUUUAGGAUGGUGACUAGGCCUUGGCUUUUCUCUUGUACAAUGUUUGCAUGCUUAUUUGCAAAAUAAUACAUGAGAUGGGCUGUGCACAAUGAAAUAUAAUGUCUGUUUUUUUACUUGUUUCCUUAUGAUCAAAAAUAUAACAUGCUUAAGCAAACCUAAUUGACAUUCGUAUAAAUUUGUGGUCGUUUUUUUCAUGCGUACUAAAUAAAACAAAUAUUAAUGCAGGUACUCAGCCACACCUUUCUCGUUUGAGCUCACAAGUAAAUUUCAAACUAAUGUUUCAGGCUGCAAGCCCCUUAAAUAAUGUUCCGCUACGUGAAUAUGGAUUACUUUACUCAAAAUAGGCCUACCUGCUAAUUUUGGUUGAAAAUGUUUCGGAAAAUAAUUUAUUUUAGAUCCAGUUGUAGCUCGCGUAGGUUUCUCAAAACGGUUUUCUUGUGCCCAAAUCAGCAUUUGCUGCUCAUAUAGAUUCCUGUACAAUACGCUGAUUGUUAUACACCCAUUUUAAAGUUAAUAUUUUGUAAACAAAUUGUUAGGAGAUACAUCUAUGUAUACGGCUGUUAUUGGAUUCAGCCAAAUGAUUUCGUUUGCAACGAUGACCCUAACCAUAGUAACGAUGGUUUCAUUUUUAAGUUUGAUGUCAUCAUGACAGUAAUACUGGUGUGUACUCUUAUGGAAAUGACGUUAUAUCAUAGGAUUCACACUGGUCUGGUGUGUCUCCCUAACAUUGCAAGCAUUCCUGUAUCUGUAAAGGUGGUGUGGCCACAUUGCUUUCUUUACUUGCAACAAAAUAGCCAGCACUAUGGAGGCUGCACAAUGACAUCACUGCUUCACUUGCCACCUGCACUGGUUUGGGUUAUUAUCAGUACAUCGUCAAACUACGAAAAACAUUGGACAUUUUUUUUUCUAAUUUGGUAUAUUUAUCUAUAUUCUGACCACAACCAUGCAUAGUUUCGCAGAAAUGCGUUAUCCCAGGAUAAAAGUGGUCGGGGACAUGAGAAGAGUCUUUCCGUUCUUCGUGACUGAUAGCACAUCCUGUACUUUGUUACUUGGGAUUAGUGUUUGAGCAGAGCUGGUGCGAGAGUGAUUCUGGUGAAAUGCAUCAGUUGUUUAGAAGCAACAGCAAAUGACAUACAUUUAAAUGAAUUAGAUAGUGAUUUCCUGAAAUAGCAAAUAAAUACAAGUUUGUGGGAAACCUUUGAAAUAAAUUGCACGUCCGUAAGCUUUUCGUCACUGGUGUUACAAAAUAUAUACAAGCUACAUGCAGUAUAUGAUGAAAAACGUAGUAUUGUAGAACCCUUACCUGCAUCAAUUUGGUCCACUAAUCCUAUAAAUGUGACCGCAAUUCUUCCAGUCAUCGUCAGACUUCAACAACACGCAUAUAAGGUAGUAGGAUUGGCAGAAGCUUUAUUGUGCCCCAUUGCUUUCUGCAUAUGAUUCACGCAAUGCAAUAUGGACAGACUUUGAUAUAAAAGCAGAGAAAACAAACGUGGGUGAAAUGCUGUUGAACGUACGUGUGCUUUAACGUAGCCAGGUAAUUGUGUUGCAGGAUAUAUCACACAUGACGUAUAAUGUGUCGAACAGCAUGGGGACUUCCACAUGUCCGUUAUAAUGGGAAGCAUAGGAUGCUUAGAAUUAUUGUUAGAUAAGUCCGGUUGGCAUGUCUUCACCAUCCUGUGUUAAAACGUGACACAUUCGUUACAAGGAGCAUUAACACUGUUGAUUGUCAUCAAGCCCCGUAUAUAUCACUUGGUACUACCCGAUGGGAAAUUUUAUUUGAAAUGUAAAAUUUAUAUAGUACAAAUAAAAUAAUUGAUAAAUAUA